CUUAUAGCAAGUAUAACUGUUUACGAAGCUUGCCCAUCCAGUUAUGAUACCUUUUUGGUCUUUUUUGCUGGUGCUUUGUGCAUCCGGAAUCGUGGGUCAGGUUCAUGCUGUGGAACCCCGGAUUGUGGGCGGAACCCAAGCGAAGGAGGGCCAAUUCCCCCAUCAGAUUUCCCUUCGUCGCCGUGGAAGUCACAUUUGCGGUGGAUCCAUUUUGUCCAGCAACUAUGUCGUCACCGCCGCCCACUGCGUGAAGCAAGGAAAAAAUGAAGUUCCCGCCAGCCAACUGACGGUCCACGCGGGCAGCCUGCUGCUCUCAAGCGGCGGUGAAAGGAUUCCGGUGGCCAACGUUACCGUGAAUCCCAAUUACAGGGGCAAUGGCUAUGAUGUGGCCGUGCUGCGCCUGCAUAGGUCCCUGACUCUAGGCUCCAACAUCGCCGCCAUCGAACUGGCCACCGACGAUCCGCCCAGCGAUGCCACCGUGGACAUAUCCGGAUGGGGCUCCAUCUCGCAGAUGGGACCGCUCUCCAACUCCCUGCUGUUCGUGCAGGUGAAGGCCCUGGCCCGGCAGACCUGCCAGCAGAAGUACCUCCACCAGCUGCCGGAGACCACGAUGUGCCUGCUCCAUCCCAAGGACAAGGGGGCCUGCUAUGGCGACUCCGGCGGACCAGCCACCUACGAGGGCAAGCUGGUGGGCGUGGCCAGUUUCGUGAUCGGCCGCUGCGGACGUGAUGCUCCCGAUGGCUACGAAAGGAUCUCCAAACUGAGGACUUGGAUCAGGGAGAAGGCGAGUUUGUAAAUCUCGAAAGUAUGAAAAUCCCCGGAUGGCAAAACAUUGCAAAAUUGGGUUCUUAAUUUGGCUUAGUUUAAUUAAAAAUCAAACCAUUUUAUUUGGGCAUAUUAUUGGUGUUAAAUGUUUAUUUAAAUUAAUUCAAGCACUUCAAAAAAUAUUAUCACCCAAUUCUGCAAUGGAUUCCGCUUCAAAAUUAUCUAUUCUGUAUAUAUCUUAUCUAUAUUGUCUACGUUUCAAAUAUGUACUAUAUUAUACCAAUAAAACAUUUAAAAAAAAACAGCACAGCAAAACUA